AUGAGGCGCCGCGCGGGCCUGGCGGGCGAGGCGCAGAAGACUGAAACCGAAGAUGACUUUGUUAAAGUUAAAAGGAGGGAUUUGGAAAGGCUGACAACGGAAGUUAUGCAAUUGCGGGAUUUCUUACCCAAAAUACUGAAUGGGGAUAUCUUGGGGACAUUCCAGAAACUGGAGGCUCUUGAAUUAAACAUGGAGAAAAAGGAGGAGGAAAUAGAGCAGCUGAAAAUGGAUUGUGAACACUUCAGAGCCCGCCUAGAAACAGCCCAGGCAGAUUACAUGAGAGAGAAAAAGGAGAAAUUAGACCUCCGGCAGCACCUGAACGAGGCCAAGCAGCAGCUCCUGCAGCAGGCAGAAUAUUGCACAGAAAUGGGUGCAGCAGUAUGCACCUUGUUGUGGGGUGUAUCUAGCAAUGAGGAAGCAGUUAAAAGCAUUCUAGGAGGAAGCAAAGCAGUAAAGUUUUUUACAAUCACUGCACAGACAAUGGACAGCUUUGUGAAGUCGUUAAAUGAGGAUAUGAAGCAGCAGGAUUUGGAUUCUGAUGAAAAUCAGUUUGUAUUAGCUUUGGCAGGGAUUGUAACAAAUGUGGCUGCGCUGGCAUGUGGCCGUGAAUUCUUGGUUAGUUCAAAUCGUGAGUUACUGGACACAAUGAUGCAGCUCCUGGGAGACAUGAAGCCGGGACUCUGUACUAAAUUUAAAGUGCUAAUGCUAAUGUCACUUUACAAUGUGAGCAUCAACUUGAAAGGCUUGAAGUACAUCAGUGAAAGUCCAGGGUUUAUUCGUUUGCUUUGGUGGCUAUUGAAUGACCCAGAUACAGAAGUUUGUCUUCAUGUUUUACGGCUCCUCCAAUCUGUGAUUUUGGAGCCAGAAGUUUUAGCCAAGUCAGCUUCUGAGAUGCGUGAUACUUUACCAUUUCAGCGUAUCAUUGCACUGUCAAAGAGCCGCAAUGCAGAUCUGCAAGCACUUGCAAGAGAACUACUUGAAGAUCUUAAAAUACUUGAGUAUGAAGUAUAG